AUGGUAUGCACUCUGACCCCCUCCAAUAGGGGCACCUCCGACCCAAGCGUUCGCGGUCCCAUCAUCCCCUCUCGGCUCCUCUCCUCCUUCAAGUCCCGCAAUGCCAUCGGAGCCCACUCCGGCUCUUACUCCAUCUACCGUGCCCUCGCCAUCGCAAUGGGCGCCCUCAUCCCGACACACAAGUCGGACUACCCCAAAACCGAACCACCCGUCGAGAUCCCGCCUCAGCCCUCUUGGUACGACCCGUCCAAGAUCGUUUCCUUUGAUCUGUGGGGACACUUGACGCCCCAGGUAUUCAUGCACGAGUCGGACGGGAAAGAAGAGGGCGGGUUGGGGUUGGAUGUGAGGCCUUCUACUGCGGUGACGGAUGCGCAUAUUAAGAUGAGCGAGAUUGGUGAUAGUGCGCGCAAGGGUGAGAUUCCGGUAGAUGGGAAGACCGUGUUGAAGAGUGAGCUGUUGAGGAAUCCAGAUGGGUGCGAGAAUACGGAGGAAGAUCCUGGGGUGGUGAUUAGGGUCAGUAAGGCAGCGGUGGAGCCCAUUUGGUGGUUGCCUGGCGUUGCGGACAGGUUUGGGAUGAAAAAUGACGCGACAGUGGGCAGUGGGAUCCCGAUCUUGAAGCGAUAUGGUCUUCCGGCCCACCUCAUCCCUAAGGACUCUCGCGUAGAGAUCGACGCGAAGAUAGCCGCUGGGUACUUCACGAGCGGGAAACAGCUUGCCGAAGCCGAUCUUAUCAAGACUGUAGGAAGGACGUGGGAGGAGACGGAGCACUAG